CUCACAAACCCCUUCCCUUGUAUAACCCCCCACAGCCAGCCCACCCAGGUACAGGUAGAGACAGACAACCAGGAGCGCCCAAGAAGCGGUGCAGGAGGAAUCCCGGCCUCUGUAGCAAACAAGAAUCCAUCCACCUGUCCUCCUCAUCGAGAUCUCGCACGGGGCGGCUCGUGGUGAGGUGAGUGAGUCGACCGUCCAUGGCGUUCAGGGCCUGCCUCCCGUCCCACAAGGCCUCGCCGUCGCCUUCCGUCGCGCAGAGGAGGGCCGGCAAUGGGGCACCGCCGGUGGUGGUCAUGGCCUCCACCAUGAACGAGGUCAAAACUGCCAAAAAGCCCUAUGCUCCCCCACGUGAGGUGCAUCUCCAAGUCAUGCAUUCGCUACCAGCACAAAAGCAGGAGAUCUUUGAUUCACUUCAAUCUUGGGCUAGGGACAACCUAUUGAACCUUCUGAAGCCAGUUGAGAAGUCAUGGCAGCCACAGGACUUCCUACCAGACCCUUCUUCCGAGGGAUUUUAUGAUGAAGUAAAAGAACUGAGGGAGCGGGCAAAGGAAAUCCCUGAUGACUACUUUGUUUGCCUAGUUGGUGACAUGGUUACUGAGGAAGCCCUUCCUACGUACCAAACAAUGCUCAACACCCUUGAUGGUGUCCGAGAUGAAACUGGCGCAAGCCCAACUGCCUGGGCUGUUUGGACAAGAGCAUGGACUGCUGAAGAAAACAGGCACGGUGAUCUUCUGAACAAGUACAUGUACCUUUCCGGACGGGUUGACAUGAGACAAAUUGAGAAGACUAUACAGUACCUUAUUGGUUCUGGAAUGGAUCCAGGAACUGAGAACAAUCCCUACAUGGGUUUCCUUUACACAUCAUUCCAAGAGAGAGCUACUUUCAUAUCCCAUGGCAAUACUGCUAGGCAUGCCAAGCAAUUUGGGGACCUUAAACUGGCCCAGAUAUGUGGUACAAUAGCAGCUGAUGAGAAGCGCCAUGAGACGGCUUACACCAAGAUAGUUGAAAAGCUUUUUGAAAUAGAUCCUGACUACACGGUGCUUGCAUUUGCUGACAUGAUGAGGAAGAAAAUCUCAAUGCCUGCUCAUCUCAUGUACGAUGGUGAGGACGACAACCUAUUCGAGCACUUCAGCUCGGUGGCGCAGCGGCUUGGGGUCUACACGGCGAAAGACUACGCCGACAUCCUCGAGUUCUUGGUCCAGAGGUGGAAAGUUGCAGAUCUCACUGGACUGUCCGGUGAAGGAAGACGGUCGCAGGACUAUGUUUGCACUUUGGCAACGAGAUUCAGGCGGCUGGACGAAAGAGCGCAGGCAAGGGCGAAACAGGGGCCUGUGGUUCCAUUCAGCUGGGUCUACGACCGCAAAGUGCAGCUCUAAUAAAGAGGAAGGAACACAAGGUUAAUGAGACUGCAUCCAUCCUAUUAUUUCGUGUUUCGGGUCAGUGUAGGUUUUCCUAAUAGCAGGGUAGAAUGUUUUAUGUGCUGUCCUGUAAGUUGUUGGAUGACAGUGAGGAAGAGGCUAGUGAAAGUGGUGUGAGAUGCUGGCUGGCCAUGAAGGGCUCCGUUGCAACCUUUUGUUGUGUUGAAUAUUUUAUGUGACCGUUGAAGUUUACAGGGCUUGUAUAAGUUUCAAAGUAAUAAAUGGAUAUUUGUAUA